GAGGUUGGCACGUGGACUGAAACGUAAACAUUUGACGUUGUUGGCUCGUUUGCGUAAGGCCAAGAAGGAGGCAUCCGUUCUGGAAAAGCCGGCCACGAUCAAGACGCAUCUCCGAGAUAUGCUCGUACUACCAGAAAUGGUCGGCUCUAUGAUUGGUGUCUACAACGGAAAAGUUUUCAAUCAGAUCGAAGUGAAACCUGAAAUGAUCGGACAUUAUUUGGGUGAAUUCUCGAUCACCUACAAGCCAGUCAAGCACGGUCGACCAGGUAUCGGCGCGACACACUCGUCUCGAUUCAUUCCACUC